AUGAGAGGAACGAUUCCCGUUACGAAGGCUCUGUUCUGGAGUUUUGUGGCAUCAAUGUUGGGAUUACUCUAUAUAUCUAAAGGAUAUAAUUAUUGUGAAACAUACAUAGGAGCGUCACGGUCCAUAUCAGAUGACGGGGUGAUCACGUCCUAUCGACGUUCUCAGCAAGUGCCGACACGUUUGAACAGACUGCACUAUGUCUGUCAGACGGAAUGGAUCAAGGAUGACACACUUCGAUACAACCAAACCACUACAAGGUUUGAUUAUUCUAAGAAGGCAAAUAUCUCUGUAUGUAGUGUUCCUAAAGCCGGAAGUACUCUGUUCGCGUUGGUUCUUCUCGCCUUAGAGGUUCCGGCGGGAACAGACAUAGAAUCGAUAUUUCAAACAAAACGUAGUCAUGUACACGCUCAAGCAGGUAGUAAAUUACAACAAAGCUCAAAAGAGAUGCUGCCAACGAGGAAAGUUAUAGUGGCCAGGGACCCCUUCCGACGUUUGUUUUCAGCUUAUGUUGACAAGGAAUUAACGAGACUACCGGUAUACCGCGCCAAUACAAGUAAGGUGGUAUGUAGCAAUCGUUUGGCGUUCGAUCAGUUCCUACAUAAUACGGUGUCCGAUGGAUUCAAAGGAAAGUUUAUAGACCGCCAUGUUGCUCCUGCUUCUCUGUUGUGUGAACCAUGUGAAACAAAUUACGAAUUUGUGGCAAAACAAGAAACGUUGACAGAAGAUCUCAGUUUUCUUCUAGAGAAUAUGACAACAGCACACAAACAUACCAGGGACUCCAUUUUGCGAGUUUUACACGGAGACGUGAACAAGAAAACUUUGAUUGGUGUGAUAGAAACUGUGGUGUCCCGGGCCUCCAAUAUUUGUAAAAACCUAGUAGACUAUUUAUCAACUUUGUGGACAGCGUUCAAAAUGCAAGGUGUCCUACAUAAAGACGCUGUGUUUCCACGGGAGGAAUUUGAACAGCGUGACGCUAUAGACGUUAGCUACGUCACAUCUGUUGUCCUGGAAACAAUGUUGGAUUUUCCGCUCUCUAGCGAGGACAGGCGUAGACAGAGACAGGAAGCAUUAGUACAGGCCUAUGCCGGAGUCUCAUCUGACACAGUGCGCGGGAUACAGAAUAUGUACUUCAAAGAUUUCUUGUUGUUUGAUUAUAAUAUCCUUCCACCCUCAUAA